AUGGCUCGGAAUCAAGAUUCGAAGGAAGAGCAACCAAGCCAUACAACCGCGUCUCCAGGCGAAACGCUCCAUCCAUCGGUGCGACGCCGCCCAGUACCACGUCCCCCCAAGUGUGGCCGCGACGCUCUAGCAGGCUACGCAACUGGUGCCGCGGUAGGUUCAGCGCUUGCACUUGCGUACUUCUUUACCAGCCAUACCAUGGUCAAAGCUACACCUAGCCAGUUCCUGUGGCGCUCCCUUGCCUACGGAGGUGUCCCAGGAGUCGCCGCCGCGGAACUAUAUCAUGCUAUCAGUGCGACCGCUUGGUGGGCGGAAGUCGUCGAGCCGCGCUGGGGCUCGUAG